AUGCCGCAGGAUAUAGAUGAAGAUGAAAGCCGAGAGGAAGAAAACGAAGAGGAUCUGGCAGAUGUCGUGGACGUAGUCGUAGAGCCAAUCAGGGCAGGCACCAGCGACGAGGACGAAGAUUUAGUGUUUGAUGUAGAAGACAAAGGGGUAGAAGACUUCGUUAUUACUAAUGCGAGGGAAGAGCUUGUCGAAGUGGUUAUCAAUGACAAGGCAGUGGAAGUUCUAGCUGUUGACGUAGAGGAUGAAGAAGAGGAUAAAAUGGUAGAGGCUCUCGUUGUAACUAUUGUGGGAGAAGAGCUCACCGAAGUGAUUUUUGAUGAAGAGGAAGUUGGAAGGGUUGAAAUUCUACCUGUUGAUGUAGAGGAUGAAGAGCGAGGUGAGGAUGUAGAAGAUCUAACUGUUGGUGUAGAGGAUGAAGUGGUUAAAGGUCUAGUUGUUGAAGUGGCGAGAGGAGAUGUCGUUGAAGUAAUUGCCAAUGCAGGAAGGGAGGCAGAUGAGGUUGUGGAACCUGAAUAA